UAACAAUCUGGUUGGGCUGUUGGGGUGUUUUAAUCAGUCAAGCCGACAUUUCCUCCUCACCGGGACAGCUUCUUCUCCCAGCACCACCGUCAUCUAGACGGCGAUGCCUGCUGAUCCGACGAUAAUCAGUUGCAACUGUCGGAAUGGCUUGGAGAAGCCUCGAGCUAUGGAGACGCAAUGAAAUUAUGUUGGGAACUGUGUUGAAUGUGUUUCGGUUCUACAGAACGAACCCUAAGGUGGUAGACUUGAGGAAGCUUAGGCCGAUGAUUCUUAAGAGGAUUGAGAACAGAGCGAAGGAUUAUCCGGUGAAAGGAAUGAUCCCUGUGGCGGAGGAGGUCCUCAAGUCCAGAGCUCUGCUCUACCGUGGAGUAUCCACCCUCCUCCAACAUAUCUCGGUGUGGGCGUGCAAGUACUGUCCAGAGGUGUAUGUAGGAGAAAGCGGUCAUUUAAUUCGAACAUGUGGUGGAUAUAGGAGGGGGUCAAAGACCCAGCUUCAUGUUUGGAUCAAAGGAACUUUAGAGAACAUCCUACUCCCCGUACAAACAUAUCAUCUGCAGAACAUGUUUCAGAACAUCAUCAAACACCAUGAAAGAUUUGAUCACGACCGGAUUCCUGCCGUUGUGGAAUUGUGCUUACAAGCCGGUGCUAAUCUAGGUGACAAAAGCACAAUCACAAGAGAGAGGGAACUGGAAAGCGAUUUGAUAACUGAACCUUCAUUUGAUCAGGAAAUGAUGUCGAUAGGGAUAGAGACUUUAAAAGCCUGGGAAAGGGUCAGGUCCGGUGUAGUUAAGCUUCUGUUGGUUUAUCCCACGAAGGUGUGCAAACACUGUUCGGAAGUUCACGUGGGACCCUCCGGACAUAAGGCUCGGCUUUGUGGGGUAUUUAAGUAUGAAAGUUGGCGGCGAGGGCAUUUUUGGGAGAAGGCAGGUGUGGACGAUUUGGUUCCUCAGAAUGUAGUCUGGUUCAGACGGCCUCAAGAUCCUCCAUUGCUACUUGAUGAGGGUCGAAACUACUAUGGCCAUGCCCCUGCCGUUGUAGAUCUAUGCACCAAGGCAGGGGCCAUUGCCCCAUCCAAAUAUCAUUGCAUGAUGAAAAUUGAUGGGUUGUCAGCGCCAGUUUCGGUCACAACUUGAUGACAUCAUCAUAUAUAUAAGACUAUAAGAGUAUAAACAAGAGAGCACUAUUUUCCUGGAGUCCUGAAUAGAAGAAUGUCAUCUACCUUCACCAGGUUUGUUGUGGUUCUGUUAGGGUGUAUUUGGAUUUUGGACCAGGGAAAAUGGUAGAGAAAUGAAAACAAAUGUUAAUGGAAGUUAUUUUCAUAUGUUUGAAUUAACGUGAACACACCUAUAUUCACUCUCCAUAUUACAUGUUGCACGUUAUGUAAAUAUCCAACAAGAACACGCAGUCCUACUCUAUAUAGUAAAGACAACAAGCGCUUAUUUAGCCAGACUGCCAGAGACCCAUGUACUAUGACUAACAAAGCUAAUGAAGAAACAUGAUAGUUUCUAUAAUUAAGAAGCUGUGUUUAGCGGGACUGUACAUAAAUAUAAGAUUCAGUUAUUGAAUACAAAUUGCUGCUAAGUGAUAACCAACGAUGUUCACAAUGUUUUAGAGAUUAUCUUUUUGGUUUAUGAGUUAAUGUAGCCGCCAACAUCAGUGCUCAAGGAUUUAAGGUGUUCUUGUUGAUCAACAAGGUAAUGAACUGGGGAAAAGCUGGCAAUAAAAGGGUUAGUGUUUACGCAUGUUUUAAUUUUGGAAACAUUGUAAUGCUUUUAAUAUAUACUACGUUAAGAUAAGAAUCUUCUUUUGUUGUGACUGUUCAUUAUAAAUAGGUAUUUAUUCAUUCCUUAUGUAUAACUAAUUUGCACUUUCUUCUUAAUACCACUGGAAAAUAAAAGUAGAACCUGUAGUGCUAUAUAUAGCUCUAUCAGUCAUCUUUUAAUUUUGAAAUAUGAAACAUGAAUUUAAUCCUAAAAUUUGACUGCAUUUGUACCAAAAAAAAGAGAGCCAUGUUUCAAAACAUUUUUGGUAAAAAAGGAAGCCAGUUUUUAGACCUGUCUGUGUGGUUUCCGGCUAAAUUGGAACCACCGGUUUUUGAACUGGAACCCGAACCACUCCAUUUUUGUGAUUUAGAAGAGGAGGUUUGCUAGUCCGGUUUGGUUGUUCAAAAGUUGUAGUAAUAAUACUAAUUGUACUAAUAAUAGAAAUGAGAAUGAUACUAGUUACUUGUUACCACUCAUUUGUGAUUACUUCAGUUUAUUUUUUUUAAAUUAUUGGUAAUAUGUAUAUGUAGUUAAAUAAUAACUAAAUUAUUUUAAUGCAAUUUUUUUAAUAAUAUACUAGCUUGUAGAUUUUUACAAUGCAAUUUAUAACUACUUAGCUAUUAACUACUACAUAUAUUAUUAUUGUACUUGGUUAUAAAAAUGAUUUAGUUCUUCUAAUUCUUUUGGGAACCCUUCAGUUAAUUUAUUUUUAAAAAAUCAACUAAAAUUUGACAUCCUAAAAAAUAAAAAAUUAGGAACUGGAAAACCGAACCAGAUGGAUUGGAUCUAAAAACGCUUGUUUUGGAACCGGUAAUGUGCGGUUCCAGUUCUGGUUCCUCAAAAUUUGAAACUGCCAAUCGGCAGUUCCGAUUCAGAAUCGAGGAUACUCCUCACUUUUUCAUCAAACAAAACUAGUUUUGUCCCUUAGUGUCAAAUAAGUAUAUGAACACCACCUUUUAACCAAGUUUACACGCAGAAACAACCCGUGUGGACGGUUUUCCUGCAUUGGAAUUGGCUCAUUCUGUUGAAAUUUAUAAAUUUCUGGUUAAAGUGACUACAUUAGCUAAUUCUGCCGAAUUAUGAAUCUUUUUGGCUUAAAACAUAUUCUAUUAUUAAAAUAAAGAAAAAAUCAUAUGAAAAUAGCUAAAAUGGUCUUCUAUAAAAACUUUAGCUAAUCUAGCCAAAAAAUAACGUUAACCUUACUUAUUUUGAUUAUUACACAACUCAACGCGAAAUCAAAAGUUACGUGUUUGAUGAAAAAGUUGGCUAAUAAAAAUCACAAGUUGAAAAACAUGGUUACCAAAUGAGCUCAAAAAUAUGACUCUUGUUUGCAAAAGUUUAGUUAAACCAAUAAAUAAAACUAGAGUUUACUAAAUUGUAGAUGACAAACAAAUUGCAUAUUCGUUUUUGAUUUCAAGUAAAGCUGACAAACAAAUUGAAGUUGAUAAGUUUAGUUAAACCAAUAAAUAAAACUAGAGUUUAUGACUUUUAAUUGUGUCCUGCCCUUGCCUACAUAUAAUCAUUUUUUUACUCAACAAAACGUAUUUAGGAUUUUUCUUGAUCCAAAAAACAGGAAAACCAGGAUACUUGCAUUUGGAAAUCUCCAAGUCAUGUGCAAGAAAACAACGAAGCUAAUGAAAACACAGCAACGACAACACAAUGUCUGCAUCAACCGCAUAACUAAAUUACUUAAACCAACUAAAGGUAGUCCAAAAGUUACUGUUGCAUGUCCAACCUUAAAGAAAGUUUGAAACAGGGAGAAAACAAGGGCCAUGACAUGAGAUUAUCCAAACCCAUCUGCCUGAUCUACCAGCGACGGGAAGUGCUCGCAUUGCCAUAGCCACCGCUUUCCAAGCCGAGAAAAUCCAGAGUGGACGGGCAGUUGCCACCAAAGAUCAUUGCAGGAGAUGACUGGUCCAUCUGGGGAUACUCCUGGAAACCACUUGGUGGAACAAUAAUCGCUUCAUUCUCAGCGUUUAGUGAACGACCAGCCAAUCCACGAAUAUAUGAACCACCACUACCAUCACCACCGGAAGAGGAAGAGUAAGUUAUGGUUGAGCCUACUUGUGCGGCUCGCUGAAGAACUGCAGUUGCGGAUAGGUCAGGCGACAACAGCGGAGGACUUGCGGCAGCCAUGUACUGGAUUUGGAAUAGCGAUGAUGCAUGGCCAAAGAGGCGAGAAGGAUAAACAUAAGAUGAGCUCGGCUGGCUUCGCAUGACACCAACAGGUGAAGUCACAGUUUGUGUUUGUCCUGAAAAUUGUACGCCACCGAUAAUGGCCGUGGUGGCUGCGGGCCAAUGUUAGUGGCUUUACUAGACUUAAACAUAUCAUAUCAAACUAAACAUAAAGAGAUUAAACAUUUUUAGAAAACAAUAAAUAUUAAGACUAUUACUAUAUCUACCAGAAUCUGACAACUAUAAUAAUACUAGAAUUCAAUUAUAUUCAUAAUAUCACAUUGUGUAGCGAAUAUUGAACAUACAUUCAAUCAUGUUUUGCAUAAUGUAAGUUUUUUUCCGUUACAAACUUUAAUCGUUCAA